AUGUGGGAGGAACAAGGAUUCAGUACUCUUCCUUCAUCCUCAUCAGAAAGCCCAAACGAGUUGCACAAAGUUCUUGGGAUGUCUUGGGACACAAAACUGGACAUUUUAACUAUGGAAGUUAAGGGACUACUGGAAUUUCUUGACUUGGAAAAAAAUACAAAACGAUUUGUGUUGCAAGCAGCAGGUAGAAUAUUCGAUCCCGUAGGACUAAUCUCAUGGGACGACGAGCUUCCUUCAGAUAUUCAAGAAACUUGGAAGCAGUGGAGUAUCGAAAUUCCUGAAUUGGCUAACUUACAAAUACCCAGAAAUGUAUUUCAAAUUUCUGAUCACUCAGACUUUGUGUUAGAAUUGCAUGCAUUUGCAGACGCUAGUCCAAAGGCUUACGGUGCUGCCAUAUCCUUAAGAAUUAAAACAGCAAAUCAAGUAACUGUAAACUUAGUGGCUUCCAAGAGCCGCGUUGCACCCCUUAAGAGGAUUUCUCUUCCUAGGUUAGAAUUGAUAGCCGCAUUGCUUGCUUCACGACUUGCACGUGAAGUAAAGAAGGUGUUAGAUCGGAAAGGAAUAUCUUCUAUUUAUUAUUGGACAGACUCUCAGAUUACAUUGUAUUGGAUAAAAGGUUCCAUAUAUAAGUGGAAACCCUUUGUAGCAAACAGAGUUAAAGAAAUUCAAUCUCUCACUGAUCGAGAAUCUUGGAAUCAUUUUGCUGGAUGCGAAAAUCCAGCAGAUUUAGUAACUAGAGGCAUUAGUUGCAAAUCUCUCAUCGAAAAUGUCACCUGGUGGACCGGACCAGACUUCUUAAAGGAAUUAGUAAUUCCUAAGUGUGAUGAGACUCUGAACAUUCCAGAAACUGACCUACCUUGUGAAGAACUGAAAAAGUGCUCUGUUCCUGAUCCUAAAGACAUUCAAUCUGUUUCUUUAAUUACCACCAAUGAUAGAUCCUUCCUUGAACAAAUUCUUAACCUUUCUAACAGUUUUGUUAAACUAAUUCGAAUUUUAUCCUUUAUUUUUAGAUUUAUUCAUAAUUGUCGUAAUCCAAUAUCUAGAAAUAAGGGGUUCUUAACCAUUGAAGAGAACAAACAUGCAGAAAAUUGGCUUCUGCUUUCAUUGCAGUCAGGUAAGUUCCAAGAGGAAUUUAAAAGGCUCAAACAAGGUGAACCAGUUUCAUCGAGGAGUAAGUUAUCUUGUUUAAAUGUAUUCUUGGAUGAAAAUUCUCUAAUUCGUGUUGGUGGCAGACUUAGAAACUCUGAUUUAUCGAAUAGUAAAUUUCCCAUUGUACUGCCUAGCAAGCAUAAAUUAACUGAUGUAAUUUUGAAUCAUUAUCAUUUGAAGUAUUUUCAUUUAGGUGCGCACGCACUCUUGUUUCAAGUGUGA